UCGGAGUUGAUGUAGUUGAAGACAAUAUACAAUUAUCCAUAUUUGCGUUGGCUUUGAGCCGCACUAAGUACAGUAGUAUCACUUAAUUUAAUCAAAAAAUGUGAUUCAGACAAGUUUUUUUUUUAAUUUCAGACAAAAGUUACCUUGUUUUAUGUUAAGAAGAGACUGCUUUAUUCAGUGGUACUACCAUUGAAUUUUUUUUUGAGAAACCAGGGAACCAUCUUUGAGGAAUACCAUAGACGCAUUCGUUGGCCUUUGUAAACAUUCAACUACGUGUUUCAUGCGCUUAAAUAAUUCAUUAUAUAAAGGCUUUUGGUAGCGGUUACGUCUUUGCUAUUCUUAUAUAUCUAUCGUAAACCUUCUCGAUGGCUGCAACUAAAGACUUGUUUGUUUCCACCUAAUCUACAUUCUAAUUCAUGGCGGACGCUAAACAGAGGAAGAGCUUAACAAGCAGUUGUAAGACGAAUACGACAACAGAAACAAGACAAGAUCGUCCAUCGUCGUGGUCCACAGAUUCAAGCACGAAGGUUCAUUCCGUUGCAGGCUUCACCGUUCAUCAACCACUGGCCAAAGUGCAGCUACUACGCAACUUCAACUCCUAAAGCCCUUGCUUACUUCUAGUCAUCUCGAAUAAUAUAUGUAACAUAGUCUCGUGCGUUGUUCGCUAGUACAAAGUAUUGUAUUCACAUGCGUUAAUGUAUGUGUAUAUGUUAAUACUAAGAGAAAGAAAGUAUCAAAAACUGUUUAAUUCAUAUUCGUAGUACAAAAUUUUAGAAGUGUAUGUGAAGGUUCUCUCUUUGACAUGCA